AUGAAAUACUGCUCUGUUGCUUUCUUCAUAUUUUUUUCAGUGGCCCUCGUCGUCGGAUUCGACGCCAAUUCCAAAUCCAAUGUUGCCGCGUACUGGGGACAAGCAUCUGCGGGUUAUCAGCAGACCUUGGGAUCCUACUGUGAAUCCCCCGAUGUGGACGUGGUGCUUCUGUCCUUUUUGCACUCAUUCCCAGAAAAUUUAAACCUUCACUUCACCCCCGCGUGCUCCACGUCUUAUGACAGCGGACUUUUACGCUGCGAGCAAAUCGCUAACGACAUCAAAAAAUGCCAAAGCCUGGGAAAAAAAGUCUUGCUCUCCAUGGGAGGCUCCAGCGGCUCGUAUGGGUUCCGCGACGACUCGCAAGCCACCGAGUUCGCCACCACUUUGUGGAACACGUUUGCAGGUGGAUCCAGCUCGGAACGGCCUUUCAACGACGCUGUAAUUGACGGUUUUGACUUCGAUAUCGAGAAUCGCAACCCAACGGGCUAUACUGCGUUGGCCAAAAAACUCAGAGAGUAUUUCAGCUCCGCUAACAAACAAUAUUAUCUCUCCGCUGCUCCACAAUGCUUUUAUCCUGACGCCUCUGUUGGUGAUCUAUUGGACAACGUAGAGCUGGACUUUGUCUUCAUACAGUUUUACAACAACGCCUGUAAUGUAGGCGCGCAGUUUAACUGGGACGUCUGGGUUAAACAAGCUACCUCAACUCCUAAUUCCAAGGCCAAACUCUUUUUGGGUCUGGCAGGGUCUCCCUCUGCAGCUGCAUCGGGCUACGUGUCAGAUUUAGAGAAAGUCAGGUCUACUGUCAAUAAUAUUAGCAGAGGGGCUGAUUUUGGCGGCAUCAUGCUGUGGGAUGCGUCCCAAGGUUUUGCAAAUCAGGUUGAGGGCAAGAGCUACGUUGCGCAGAUGAAGGAAAUUUUGAAUACAGUUCAAGUGACCGAAAACGACACUCAAGACACAGACCGCCAAGAACCCAAUGUUGAAUCUGGGACUGUAACAAGUACAACGAGCAGCACCGCGGCGCGAUCUGCUUCUAGCAGUAGCGUAGUGACAACAACUUCCAAGUCUGGCGCUUCUCGCGUUUUGACGUCAGAAGGUGCCACUACUCUCAAUUUUCUGGUGGGAGCUCUAAGAUACACUAGACGAGCGCUAUUUUGA